ACUGCCUAGGAGGCUGCGAGUGCUGCCAGCUGCUCACGGCCCGCGCCCCCUGCGCUCUCACAGCGGAAAAGCUUGAUACCCCUGCACCACGAAGAGCCUGAUCCCGGAGCAGCCGCCAGCACCAUGGCCACACCAGACUUGUCCACCAACCUCCAGGAGGAGGCCACCUGCGCCAUCUGCCUUGAUUACUUCACCGACCCGGUGAUGACCGACUGCGGCCACAACUUCUGCCGUGAGUGCAUCCGACGUUGCUGGGGCCAGUCCGAGGGCCCGUACGCUUGCCCCGAGUGCCGCGAACUGUCGGCGCAGAGGAACCUACGGCCCAACCGCCCGCUCGCCAAAAUGGCAGAGAUGGCACGGCGCCUGCACCCGCCUUCGCCGGUCCCGCAGGGCGUAUGCGCGGCGCACCGCGAGCCGCUGACCACCUUCUGCGGCGACGACCUCAGCCUGCUGUGCCCCACCUGCGAGCGCUCGGAGCACUGGGCGCACCGGGUGCGACCGCUGCAGGAGGCAGCCGACGACCUCAAGGGGAGGCUGGAGAAGUCACUGGAGCACCUGCGGAAACAAAUGGAGGAUGCGAUGCUGUUCCAAGCCCAGGCUGAGGAAACCUGUGCCUUGUGGCAGAAGAUGGUAGAGAGCCAGCGGCACAAUGUGAUGGGUGAGUUUGAGAGGCUGCGCCGCCUGUUGGCAGAGGAGGAGCAGCAGCUGCUGCAGAAGCUGGAGGAAGAGGAGCUGGAGGUUCUGCCUCGCCUGCGCGAAGGUGCUGCGAGGCUUGGCCAGCAAAGCACGCAGCUGGCAGCCCUCAUCUCAGAGCUUGAGAGCCGCUGCCAGCUGCCAGCGCUGGGUUUAUUGCAGGACAUUAAGGACGCCCUGUGCAGGGUGCAGGAUGUGAAGCUGCAGCCUCCAGCAGUGGUGCCCAUGGAGCUGAGGACCGUGUGCCGGGUCCCAGGGCUGGUGGAGACCCUGCGGAGGUUCCGAGGGGACAUAACCCUGGACCCAGACACCGCCAACCCGGAGCUGGUCUUAUCUGAGGACCGGAGGAGUGUGCAGCGUGGUGAACAGCGGCAGGCCCUGCCUGACAGCCCAGAGCGAUUCGACCCUGGCCCCUGUGUGCUGGGCCAGGAGCGCAUUACCUCCGGUCGCCACUACUGGGAGGUAGAAGUUGGGGACCGAACCAGCUGGGCACUUGGCGUGUGUAAAGAAACCGUCAACAGGAAGGAAAAGGGGGAGCUGUCAGCUGGCAAUGGGUUCUGGAUUCUGGUGUUCCUGGGGAGUUUCUAUAAUUCCAAUGAGCGGGCCUUCUCCCCACUACGGGACCCUCCCAAGCGUGUGGGGAUUUUUCUGGACUAUGAAGCUGGUCAUCUCUCAUUCUACAGUGCCACAGAUGGAUCGCUGCUGUUUGUCUUCCCUGAGACCCCCUUCUCAGGUACGCUCCGGCCCCUCUUCUCACCUCUGUCUAGCAGCCCGACCCCUAUGACCAUCUGCAGGCUGAUAGGUGUAUCUGGGGACACCCUUGGUUCCCAGUAACCCAAACCUUCUAGGAGAGUCCUUUCACCCCUCCUGGUCCUUUGUCCUGGCCAUUCAGAGACCCAGGAUCCAGCUGACAUCCUGUGAGCAUUAGGAGCACACAGUGCCUUUUUGACCACAUGUGGGAAACACAAGUCCUCAGUCUCAGAGACAGCGUGGAUGAGAGUAUGGACUGGGCUCUACCCUCACGCUGGGAAUCCUCCCUGACCCUGAUGCCACUUAGUGCCGAAAGCUCUCACCAAAGCACUAAGUCCCAUGUGUCACCAGCACCUCAGACUCUGGGUUCCUGUAAUGUCAUAAACUUUUCCAGAAAUAAUCAAGGCUUGUCCACACCUCUGUGCAGCAGUCUGGUCGGCCUGCCAAGCAUGCCACACGGACCCUGAAGUGAUACUGGGUGAGGUUAGGCAGGGAGCCAGCUUCAGGUUCACCAGCAUCUCAGAUUUGGUCUAAUAAAUGGGAAGGCUGCUCAGAUUCCUGACCUUGCUGGGUGUGGCUACAAAGAAAGAGGCCAGCAGCCUGGCCCCAGAAAUGAGACUGUCUAGUGGGGACUGAGUUCUAAAAGAGUAUUCAACAUCUGUAUUCAGCACUUAAGGGCCCAGAAGUAGAACUCAGAAAUGACACUUGAACACACCCUUCUGUUCUGAGACUUGUCUGGUUUUGCCCUCAAAAGGGCUGCUGGCUGGCUGGCUGGCGGGCUGGCUGGCUGGCU